GCAGAACUUGAAGCCAGAGAAGCCUGUGCCUGGCUGCGGGCCGCCGGCUUUCCCCAGUAUGCCCAGCUGUUUGAAGAAUCUGGCACUUCUGAUGGAGCAUCUCCAAAUUCUGCAGUAUCUUCAUGCGAACCUAUAGAAAGCGUGCAGCACGGUGCAUGUUCUUGCAGGAGUGACACCUUAUUGAGGCUGGAGUGGCCUCAGGAGAAUUCUGCACUGGAACAGAGCUUUUCUGGUUGAGAUAUGCAGUUUCCUAUUGACAUAAGGACUGUGAGGAAAGACCAUGAAUUUUUAGAUGGAGAUGCAAUCGAAUCACUGUUCAGACGGCUGAACACGUUGAAUAAGUGUGCAUUGAUGGAAGUGGAAAUAAACUGUCAGAGGAACCAGAGCGACGACUCCGAUGACGAUGAACCUUGUGCAAUAAGUAAUAAAUGGGCGUAUGAGCGGUGCAGCCAGAAGUGGUUUCGCCUUGAGAGCCUAGAAGGUUCCACAGAAGGUGCUGGUGCAUCCCUCCCAGGCAGCCCAAUGCUGAAGAGCACUGGUAAUGAAAACAGAGUCCUUUUGGACCAUGGUGACAAACACGAUACGUCAUCAAUUCAUAGCACUAGCAGCGGUGACAGUGAUGCCGUUAGCUCCCCAAAGUCUUUUGAAGACAUGGAAGCCAGCCCGAGUUCUUCCAGUAAAGUUGCUUCACUGGAAUCUGCCUUUAAUUGCUCACUUCCCCCCAGUUUAAAUGCCACCAAUGAGAAGAAGCUUUGGGAUAAGUCACCGUACAAAAAGAGGAAGAGCCUUCUAAAGAAAAUGGAGAAGUUGCACUUACGGAGCAGCAACUUAAGGAGUGGUCAGUCAAAGGCCAAACCCAUCAUAAGUGAACCUUUCCUUCUGGAAGGACUUAAUGAGGAGAAGAUGAAGAUGCUUAACUGUGUAAAUAUCGCUGACCUCCCUGGCAUCCAAACAAAGAACAAUUCUUCCUGUUCUCCUCCUAGCUGCAUAAGAAACAAUAAGUUUGAAAGCAGAACGGUGAGCACUGCCCGUCCUCUUAAAAAACCAGAAAGCUGCUGUGAAAGAAAGGGGAGGUGUGCUGAGGACUUGGGCAAAUGCCUGCUGUGGAGUGAUGCACCUCAGGGAAACCUAAACAAUGAAGUAGAGUUGCAAACAAAUCAGAUGUUUCAAGUACCACACGGCCACAAACCUGGCACUUUCCCCAAAGCCCUCAUGAAAAGUCCUGUGUCUCCAGGAGAUGACUCUCCUGUCAGCUGGAGAACUGGCUGUGGAGGGAGCUGGAGCAGAAGCAAGACCAAGGACUCCAAAGCCCCUAGCAGCCCCAUCUCACGCGCAGAUAACAGGCUGAGUGUGUAUGACAACAUGCCUAAUGUUGAAUUUGAUAAGCUGGAAGCAGCAGAAGUUGGAGAUGAUGAUGUUUUUUCAGAACUGAACAGUGUUAUAGAAGAUGUCAAGGGUCUCAGAAAGCUGGUUGAUCAGUGGACAGAGAAGUUCUCAGAUGAUGGAUAUUUGGACUUACCCAGUGACUUAACGUCUCUGUAUCCAUCCUCACCUAAAGAAAUCUCUCUUGACACAGAGCACUCGGAAAUUAAGAGAGCAGCUGUGCUGUCCUCUGAGGGAGAGGACAGCUGUGAGCUGGGCAAGGAGCUCAGCUCUACAGACCUGGUGUUCAUAACAGACCCUACAAAGACCAACAGGCACAGGAAGCAAUGUGGGUCUGUGGAAGACAGCAGGAUCGUGGAAGGCUUUUCCACACGGGCUGACAGUCCAUCGGCCACCCAGCUGGCCCGGGCACAGAAGCUGGCACUGCUGAAACUCACUGCUGUCAUGGACAGAUACUCCCCUUCCAGUAAGCAGGGCUGGAACUGGACUAUACCAAAGUCAAAAAAAAUAAACACCUCUGACUACAAGGACAAAAAUGUCUUUGGGGUCCCCUUGCUGCUGAACGUUCAGCGAACAAACCACCCGCUGCCUAUCGGCAUCCUGCAGGCACUGGAUUAUUUAAGAAGCCACUUCCUUGACCAGGUUGGCCUGUUCCGCAAAUCUGGUGUUAGAUCCAGGAUCCUGUCCUUAAGAGAAAUGAAUGAAACCAGGUCCAACAAUGUGUGCUACGAAGGGCAGUCAGCCUUUGAUGUGGCAGAUAUGGUGAAGCAGUAUUUCCGAGACCUUCCGGAGCCCAUAUUUACCAGCAGGCUCUGUGAAUCCUUCCUCCACAUCUACCAAUAUGUGCCGAAGGACCAGCAACUGCAGGCUGUCCAGGCUGCCAUUCUCCUUCUGCCUAAGGAGAACCGGGAAGCCUUGAAAAUUCUCCUCUUCUUCCUACGAGAUGUGGUCGCGUGUGUUGAGGAAAACCAAAUGACCCCAACCAACAUUGCUGUCUGUCUCGCCCCAUCGCUGUUUCACCUCAACACCCUCAGACGGGACAGUUCCUCCUCCUCCACUCGAUCAAGCCAGAGGAAAUGCAGCCUGGGGAAGCCGGACCAGAAGGAGCUGAGCGACAACCUGGCAGCCACGCAGGGCUUGGCCCACAUGAUAACAGAAUGCAACAGGCUCUUCCAGGAUAAAGAGUACAGCCAUGGGGAUUCAGUUCCUGUGACCAGAAAUGCUCUUAGCUGUGCCCACAUCACCUGUUGUCUGCCUCUGGACCUGGAUACGAUCGCCAGCGCUUGUUCUCAUGGGAGACUUCAACUUCCCUGAUGUAUGUUGGAAACAUAACACAGCACAGAGGAAGCAGUCCAGGAGGUUUCUAGACUGUGUGGUUAAGCAGCUGGUAGGAGAGCCUACUAGGCGUGGUGUCCUGCUGGACCUGGUCUUUGCUAACAGAGAAGAACUGGUGGGAGAAGUGAAGGUUGGGGACCAUCUUGGGCAGAGUGACCACAGAAUUGUAGAAUUCUCCGUUCUUGGAGUCGUCAAAAGAGUGACCAGCAAAACUACUUCCUUGAACUUUCAAAGGGUGGACUUUGAUCUGUUCAGGGUGCUUGUAGCAUGGGUCCCUUGGGAGUCGCUUCUCAAGGGUGAAGGGGUCCAGGAAGCCUUGGACGCUCCUCGAGAUGGAAAUCUUAAGGCACAAGAACAGGCUGUUCCCCUGAGUGCCGUAAGGCGAGCUGUAGGGGAAGACAACUGGUGUGGAUAAGCCGGGAAUUACUGUUGAGACUCAGGGAGAAUAGGAGUGUCUAUGUCUUCUUGCAGAAGGGACAGGCUACUUGGGGAGAUUACAAGGGAGUAGCUAAGGUAUGCAGGGAGAAGGUUAGGAAGGCAAAAGCCCAACUUCAACUCACAUUGGCCACUGCCGUAAAAGACAAUAAAAAAUCCUUUUGUAAGUAUAUCAAAGGCAAAAGAAGAACCAAGGAUAAUUUUCAUCCUAUACUUGAUGCAGCAGGGAAUGCGGCCACGGAAGACAAAGAGAAGGCUGAUGUCCUCAAUGCCUUUAAUAGCCAGACCAGUUAUCCUCUGACAUUUUACGCCCUGAUCUGGCAGUCUGGGAUGCUACUCAUAAUAUGCCCCCAGUAGUUCAGGUAGAGACAGAGAGCUUCUCCUCCAUCUGGACUGUCACAAGUCCAUGGGACCGGAUAGGCUGCACCCUUGGGGGCUGAGGGAGCUGGGGGGGUGAUGGCCGAGCUGCUCUCAGCCAUCAAUCUGCGCUGGCUAACUGGAGAGGGCCCAGAGGAUUGGAGGCUUGCUGAUGUGACUCCCAUCUUCAAGAAGGGCUAUAAGGAGGAUCUGAGGAGCUAUAUGCCUGUGAGCCUGACCUUGGUACCAGGGGAAGUAAUGGAGCAAAUCAUCUCAGGUGAGAUUGCACGGCAGGUGCGCUGUGUCUGGGGAAUCAGGCCCAGCCAGGGUUAGUGAAAGGCAGGCUGUGCCUGACCAACCUCAUCUCCUUCUAUGACUGGGUGACCAGCCUGGUAGAUGAAGGAAGGGCUGUUGGUGCAGUCUACCUGGGCUUCAGCAAAGCCGUUGACAGGGUUUCUCACAGGCUUCUUCUGGGGAAACGGGCUGCCUGUGGGCUGGACUGGACAGGUCCUUUGGGUAAGGAACUGGCUGAGGGCUGUUCCCAGCACAUCGUGGUGAAUGGAGUGAAGUCCAGCUGGUGACCCGUGUCAAGUGGUGUCCCCCAGGGCUCGGCACUGGAGC